AUGGAUCUCUUGGGUAUCUCCGUGCCACCAUAUCAAAAUCAUCUGGACCCAAUUUACCAGCAUGCCACCGAACUGAACGAAAUGGAAAUGCAUACUACAACUCAACCAUUUUUAAAGGCAUCAAGUGAAGGUAUCAAAGAAGAAAAGUCGGAAUCUGAAGUACAAACAGAAAUGAAAGACUUUGUAAAUGAUGCACCCCUUGAUAUCAAGGAUGACCUGUUAAACUGUGAUAGUAGUGAUAAGAGUAAUUCAUGUCUUCCUGAGCAGGAGAUGUACGCAGAAAUAGACCUUUUCAAUUCUGAUUUUCCCAUAAUUUUUAGUGAUUACUCAGAAUUAUUUUUGUAUCCCUAUCAAACAAGUUUUUUGUAUUCUGGACUGCAUAGUAUCAUUAAUCCUGUGCAGGUUUUCACAGAAAGACAGACAGAAGAUAAACUGGUUUUAACUGUAAGUAAAGCUAAUGAAAAGCUGCCCGAGUGUGAGUAUUGUAAUACUCACCUAGAUUCCAAGUCAUGUUUGUUCUAUUUAAAGUGUGAACCUGUGUUUGCGAAUGAACUGUUUAGAUAUAGUAAGAUAGAGAAAAAAGAAAAGCCAAAUAUUUGUGUGUGUUGUGACUAUACUACUGAUGAAGAUGAUAGUGAAUCGUAUAUAGAUAAUUCUAAUAAAAAGAUUGUUGCCGGAUGGUUUGGUAAAGGGUAUAGAAAAGGCAAAAAGACUAAAAAAAAGACACUCUAA